AUGACCUUUGACUUCACUAAUGCAAAUGGCGGGGGCGACGCCUUGCUCGACCUAAACUUCGACCAGCAGCUCCCCGACAGGGCCGCCUACGCCUUUUCCACCACGGCACAUUCGAGUCCUUCGGCCGCGUCGGGCAUCAUGACGAAUACGCGUAUCUGGCCCAUUCCCCUCGACAUGGCCGUGCCGCCGCCCAACUCUCACGGCCCGGUGACGGGGUCGCCGGAGGCUUUCCAAGGCGGCUCGCCCUUGUCCAACUCGUCCAGUCCCCAUAGCCAGCACUCAUCUUUGCAGCAGUCGCCCUUUCAAUCACCAUCCAAUCUCCUAACUGACUGGGCACUGCAGCAGCAACAGCAGCAGCAGCAGCAACAGCAACAGCAGCAGCAGCAGCAACAGCAACAGCAGCAGCAGCAACAACAGCAGCAGCAGCAGCAGCAGCAGCAGCAACAGCAGCAACAGCAGCAUCAGCAUCAGCAUCAGCAUCAACAUCAUCAGCACCAUCAGCACCAUCAACAUCUAACGGCGCCUGAUCUCGCCCAGUUCAUCCAAGACUCGGCCUCCCUCAUGAACUUCAAUGCUUUCCCUUCAGCCUUUCACCCAACCCCCCUCGACUAUCUCCCCGCUACCCAGACUGCUCUGCAAGCCAACCUGCUGGAAUCGACAUUCAACGCGAUGCCUUCCAUGGAGGAAACCGCCCGAGCUAUGCAGUGGGGGAACACGGGCAUGGAGAACUGGCAAGAGCUCCAGCACACUCUGCAGAUGGACGGCCUCCCCCGGCUCGACAGUGUUGGCAGCAGCUCACCCACCGGCACCUAUCUGGAAGUAUUGUCGCUGCCUUCGUCCUCGGGUGAUGGCUGGGCCAUGGUCGAGUGGGGCCAUCAACGCCUGGACCAAUUUCAACAGGCUCAGGCGCAGAAUGCCGCCAUCUUCAACCCGUCUCAGACUCUGCACCUGAGAACAAACUCCGACUCUUCGGAAGGUGCCAACUCGAUGGAUUUUGGCAGCUUUGAGGAGGUUGCGCCGUUUCCAUUCUCCCCCUUCUCACCGGAAUCGGAUGGGUAUCAAGACAGCAACAGCCAUCGGAACUGCUUCUCAGGCGAUGGACAUGGCCAUUCCCACGACACUGUCAGUCCUACUGCUGCUGUUGCCCCGGUGCCAAUCAAGGCCGAGCCAUCGAGCCGCCAGAGCCCUGGAAGCGGUGCUGCGUCCGCGUCGCCUCCGUCUGUCAUCCCCUCGCGCAGAAACUCGGGGCCCCGCAAAAGCCCCAUCACCAAGACCACCAACAAGCCUGUUGUCCGUCGCAUCUGCAACAACCGGAAGGACGGAAUCGACAUCAAGGACAUUGGCUACUUCAUGAAGGACUGGAAGGCCGACUACGAGAGGCACAUGGACCGUGGUGUGUCGAUUUACAACGUCAAGGGCUUCUCGCAGAAGGAGACGCUCAUGUGGAUUACUCACGGCUAUGGUUUCGCGCUGCCCGUCAUGUCUGACCAGGAGCCCAUCGACUUCGAGGCUCGCACAGAGAAGUUGGACGUGGGUGCUGAAGGUGUCCGCAUCGACGCCCUCGCAGAGUAUCUGGACAAGCACAUCGAUGGGCCUUUCCAAGACUUCAUUGACGACCACUUUGAGGGCACGCCCUUUAUCACCGAGAUCCUCAAGACAGCACACCGCUUCUACGUCAAGGACCGGAUGCCAGUCAUCAAGAAGGCACUGAAGUUGGUUCUCGCUUACAACUUGACCAUGCACAUCACCAUGGUUGAGAACCAAGGAUCUGAAGUCGCCCUGGACGGGCAGAUUGACGACGAGGAGUCCAAGUUUUAUGGACGGACUGUAGCUCCCGUCAUGAUCAAUUUCCAGAUCAAGUGCGCACUCGCCGACAUGUGGCGCGAAUUGCAAAAGGACAUAUUGGAAGAGCUCUCGUCCCUGUACUCGGGUGUGUACAGCGGUGAGAAGAUGAAGAACUGGCCUACCAUCUUCAUGCUUGCUUCGAUUCUACUCGCGGUGUGGGAAGAGAUGCAGUUCGACUGCCACUACCGGGUGCCCGAUCCUGCAGCUGUGGAUAAGUUCUGCAACGACAUGGAGACUACUCCUGUUGGAGUCAUCGUGGGUCUCUUCCAUGCCAUCUCCCAGAAGCUGCCGGCUUUUGUCGACUGGGACACGCGCCAGCACGGGCACCUGCUGCACAACAAUACGUCUGUUUGCGAGGCCAUGACCGAAGUUCGACAGCACGUUAUCAAACAUGAGGCCUAUUUGCGAACCCGAAAAGAGACCAAGUUCGAUAGGUACGACUUUGACUCGCUGUCCAACAAGUUCCUGUCGAAGCUCGUCAUCCGAGCCAACUGA